AUGGAGCAGACCAAGGCCCUCAACGCGCUCGAGCCCUUCCUCGCCCUCAGCAAGUCGGCAACUUCUCCACGCGCAGCUUCCGACUUGAUCGUGCAAGCCACCAGUGCGCCAAACACAUAUGUAUUCGCCGAAUUGCUACAGACACCAAAUAUCCAGAACUUGAGGAAUUCAGAAGAGUAUAGUUCGCAUCUUACACUUCUCGAAAUCUUCGCCUGGGGAACAUGGGCGGACUACAAGGCGCAACCAAACCUACCAAAGCUCUCAGCACAGCAGCAUCAGAAGCUCCUCCUUCUCUCAUUACUACCACUCUCGCAUUCGCACGAAACUCUGACGUACAAACACCUCAUGACGGCGCUUGAGCUGCCUACCCCCCGCGCUCUCGAGGAACUCAUCACUACCGCCAUCUAUUCCGGUCUCAUCACCGCCACCCUCGACCCCGCGCACUCGCUCGUCUCCGUCACCUCCAUUUCUCCACUACGCGACCUCGCCCCAGGUUCCCUUCCGUCCCUCCAAGACACCCUCUCCUUAUGGUCAGAUCGCUGCGGGUCCGCCCUAGCAGACCUAGAGGCGCAGGUUGCAAAGGUCAAGAAGGAAGCGCUAGACCGAGAAAAGCUGCGUCGGAAGAAGGAGCGUGCACUUGAAGCAGCCAUGCAGGCCAACGACGAGAAGAAUAAUGGCAAACGAACUGUCACGGGUAUGGGUGGCGAUGACGCUAUGGACAUUGACGAUGAGGGUGGUAGUAGUAGAACUACAAGGGGCACCAAGAGGGUUCCUGGCAGCUUUGGCUUUGGCAACCUCGGAAGACGAUAGAGUUGAAUUCCGCAUAGCACGCCAGGCUACAACAUAUGUGCCAAAGAGCAAGUUAUGCAGACCGCACAAGGUCUAGCGGCAUGCAUAGUCCAAUUGCGGACAGGAAGAUGCUCGAAGGAUUGAGGAGUCAAGGAGGGCAUUGUGCAAGCAUGACUAGCUGCAUUCGACUCUAAAGAUGAAGACCAGGGUGGUUGGAGCAAGAGCCACACCCUUGCCUAAUGUCUGCCAAUUCAAGGCAUCACAACGAAGACACAAGACAGGUUUAUGAACUUGUAAACGUGAAUCAAUUACGACUAUAUGCCAUACCAUGCUAUUCCAAUCAUUUCCACAUCUCUCUCUCUCUCUCCAUUGAUUGCUCGCUCAUAUAUUGAAGAUAAAACUCCCUGUGCAGAUCUAUGUGGUCAAAGUGAAAAGAAAAAAGGAAUACCAACCCAUUCGCCAUUGCCUCCCCACCCCCCUUCCUUCCCUGAAAAAGCAGGCGAGAACAAUAUCCUCCUCCUUCCCCCAGCCGAUGUCAUAUCUGGGGUAUAUCUCGCUCGCUCGCUAGCUCUCGAUUUCGCCAAACAGAGGGCCAAAAAGCAACGUGGCAGUAAUGUUGAACUAACCCCCUUUCAUUCUACCUCCUGACAAGAAGGCGAAAGGAGGAGAGGGAAAAGGGGGGAAAGGCAAGAAAAGGACAUACAACGCCAUGCAGUGCAUUUGCGAACAACAAAGAAAAAGCAACAGCCGAACAAGGGGGGAUGAAGAACUAAAGUAGAGAACGAAGCAACCAGAGAGAGAAAACAGGCAUAAGAGUAAUGGAGAUAAUUGGGAAGAGGAAAUUGAAAAUGAAAUAGAAUGCAGUCAGUCAUGUUUCUUAUCAAUAGCGCAAUAAAAAAAACGUGUUCCGCUCCAUCGCCAACUGUUCGUUUCCCGGUUCGCAACACACACGACAGGUGCAAAAACCCACACGCCAAAUUCAGGAUAAGAGCGAGCAAACCAGCAUGAUCCCUUACUCCACCCUCCUCAUCUCAUCAUAUCCGCUGAACGCAGGCCUAAGCAGGCGCAGCAGGUGCCUGAAAAGUCUGCGGCACAGCCUCACUCCCCUCCGCCUCAACACUACUCUGAUGGAUCUGCGCAAUGUGCCCAGCCAUGCUCCGCAGUGCCUCACGCGUAGCAUCGAUGUUGAGUUCGCCGCGCUCCGACGCUUCCUUGAGGUAUUGCUCCCACUCCGGGUCCAUGGGAAUGUUUGUCGAGCCCGAGGCUUCGCGGAGGGCGGC